CGCAUAAUGCGGACUGCCUUUAUAUAGUUUAGAAAUAUAUGUAGAAAAUAAGUUACAGGAAAAAAACAAACAAACAUAAAAAAACGUAUAGGUAGUUACUGCACUGGCCCCUGCACCAGCGAGGGCUUCUCUUAGUGCGUCGUGGUUUGUGUUCACGGGCGUGUUCGCUUCUGCUCACCAUUCGUGCUCGUGGCGUCUGGCGUACCUUGCCGACGCUAAAGUCCUUUCCUUAUACUUGUCAGUUUAUAAAAGGCAUCGUUGAAUUGCAAUAUCGGUGCAGACCUUACAGAAAAUAUAACGUAUAUGAAAAGAUAGACACGUUUACAUAUAGGCAGCGUUAUACUUAGCCUAGUGUAUAUAUUAAGAGCUGGGCAACCGUGACGGUCGCUGGAAGGAGAUGGCAAGAAUUUCCAAUGUGUCCGAGUCAUAUGACGUGCAUGAUGUACCCGACGAAGGGCAAGCUGCCGCUGGUCGAGCACCCAGUAACUAACGCCCCAGGAUCCUCAGAGGCGUCAGCAACGAAAGCCAGAGAAGAGAACCGCUCAUUCUGUUGCGAUUACUAUAAGGGCAGCAUCAUCGUCGCCAUUUUCUACCUGGCUAAGACCUCGGGUGUCAUAGGUAUUUUAUUCUACUUCCUCUGUGAUGAGGGCAUGAGAGAGCAUAGAGAUAAUAUUUAUGGCGCCCUUGCUGUGAUGGUUACUUCAGUUAUAUUUAACCUCUUGAUGUUAUACGGUGCCAUGAAGCGCCUUCCCGCGUUCCUGAGUCCCUGGCUAAUGUUGGAAAACUGUACUAUUGUUUUUAUAAUUGCUCUUAUGAUAAUCUACAUUCACGCCAUUGCCGUCUCUGUCGGAUUACUGGCUCUCGCUAUACUCCGGAUCUGCUGUGCCAGUGUCGUUUGGAAAUACCGUCAUCAGCUGAUGGCCCAGCCUCCGAAGUCAGAGGGCAACGCUCAGGCCUAAUUUACGAAGAUGCAGCCUCCUCUUCCUCUCACACUGGGCUUCAGGAAAUUUGUGAAACCUCUAGUGUUUCAUGAUGCGCUGGCUGUUUUAGCACGUGUAUGUGUGUAUGUUUAUAGAUGAGUGGAUGUAUAUGUAUGUAUGUCUCUUUCUGUAGCUUCUGAGUGCACUUACAUAUCUAUAUCUAUCUAUAUAUUUAUCUAACUAUCUAUAUAUAUUUAUCUAACUAUCUAUAUAUAUUUAUCUAACUAUCUAUAUAUAUUUAUCUAACUAUCUAUAUAUAUUUAUUUAUCUAUAUAUAUAUAUGUCUAUCUAUCUAUUUAUAUAUCUAUCUAUUUGUGUACAUAUAUAUAUGUAUGUUGUUAUGUUAUUAUUUACGUAGUUAAAUAGCGCUGUCAUGCAAUAUUUUUUAUUUAUUUUUACUUUUUAUUUUUUAUUAUUUUUUAAAAAUAUUUGCGGAAUAGAAACUGCAUCCUUAUUGAAAAUGAUCUAUGUCCCUUACUCAACGUACAAGAAUAAUAUUCUCUUGCAGGAAAUAACCGUUAUGGCAGUAAUAAUGAUAAUGAAAAUGACAAGAACGGUAAUGGCAAUAAGUAAAAGGAAAAUGCAACAAAUAGAUAAUAGCAAGAAAAGUCGAAAUCUAAGAAGGUGCAGUUGUUCGCAGCAGAGAGAUGAGAACCAAAAAGACAGGAGAGAGGAAGAUAACAAGAAAAAUGAUGAGGAAUGGAGAAAGAUAUAAAUCAGUGACAAAGGAAAAGAAGAAGAGACAAAUAGGAAGAAACCAGCGAAAGACACCAAAGAGAACAAGAAAAAAAAGAUAACCAGAGAAAAAAAAAAGGAAGGAGAUAGAAAUACAGGCAACAGAAUGAAGGCGAGGAAGAAAAAGAAGAGAGAGAAUGAGACAGAGAUAACCAGAGUAUGAGACAGAACGUGGGUAUCGCUCGGGAGCCAAACGGGACCUUCUGGCACUGGGUGAAGCUUCGUGCAAAUCCAGGUACGAGGUCAAGGGUGAAAGGGCGUGGCCUAUGCGUGACCUGGUACCGUAACGACCGUUGACUGGUUGUCUAGUGGUCGAGGCUACAGAGUGCUCAUCUGUGAUUGGUCCUCCCAUAGUAGGGAGGGAAAGAGAGAGAGAGAGAAGAGAAGAGAAAAGAGAGAGAGAAAGAAAAUAGAACAGAAGAGAGGAGAAGAGAAAAGAGAGAGAGAAAGAGAAUAGAACAGA